AUGGCACAAAAAAACGCAGAUAUACUUAUUGGAUUACUACGAUUGCGAAAGUGUUCUGAUAAAUUAUUGGUUUUUAUGAAAGACAAAGAAUUUGAAAUUGGAGACUUUAUGGAAAAAAGCAUCGUAAUCGCACUUGCUGAUACUGUAGCAAAACUAGGUUUUUUUGAUAUUUUUCAUUAUAAUUCUACGAGUGGAAAAAAGCGCCGGUUGGGUGCACGAGCGCUGGACCACUGUGAUCAUCGAAUGAAAAAGCGUACUUUUUGCCAAAUUUAUUUACCUGGUUUUAAAAAUAAGGAAGAUAUGAACUACAAUGAAUAUCUUAUAGAGUUCAACUUAGAAGGAAGUAGAUUUAUGAAGCGAAAUCUGGCUGGAGAGUGGUUGUCACGGUUUAAUUUCAAUACUCUAAAGCGUGCGUCCCAGAGUAGGCCAAGUGUGGGCCAUUAUUUCACUACUGCUUCUCCUAAUCUUUUUUUGGUUUUUGCACUUGGCGACAUUAAGUCUACUACCCUCACUCCAAUGCCUCAAACAGUGAAAUUAAACCGCUUUAAUUAUAAGUGGGUCGGGGAACUUGAAGAGAAAAAACUGAGCGAAAAUGGGGAAGAGAGUAGAUGUGUAGAAUCUGAAGAUGGUCUAUUCAGACAGUUUGUAACAGCGGGAUUAAACCGCUUUAAUUAUAAGUGGAUCGGAGAAGUCGAAGAGAAAAAAAUAAGCGGAAGCAGGGGAGAGAAUAGAUGUACAGAAAUACAAGACAAGGACACAUAUACGGGUGGUGUGUCAAUAGUUCGCGAACUUCAUGUCUAUGGUUCAGUUGUACCUGUAUCGACUAGGAAUCCAAACAAGUUCCAACAUCAAGGCUUUGGACUGCUGCUGAUGGAAGAAGCAGAAAGAAUUGCUAAAUUUGAACACUGCUCAAAGAAAAUUGCAGUAAUAUCUGGUGUUGGGACAAGGAAUUAUUACCGGCUAGUUCGAGACACUUACUGCCUAUAUAUAGCCAGUAUUGAUCUUAAACAUUCAGACUUUUGUCAUGCAAGUUAUGAGAGAAAAGGACGCUAUGAGAGUGACAUAAUUAUUUAUGUUAUUUUCAAGUUUUUACUGGAACCAAAUAUUAUACUGGUUUUGAAUGUGGAAGAAAAAGGGAGAAGAAGAAGACAAGAACAGAGAGAACUUAUUCAACAAAUAAAUAAACUUAUGAAUAGAUUUUGCAUACAGAGUACAAAUUCACACCAGGAGGCUGAGUGUAAAUCUGGAGUGUAUAAUUGA